AUGCACUACCACAAGCUGGCUUUUUCUCGGAAUGGCCGUGCCACCAUCGUUCCUAAAAACAAUACUGCGGAGAUCGGACAGCGCUACAAGUUAAGUGACAUUGAUGCUGAGAAAAUCAACAAAUUGUACAAAUGCCCAACGAAUAUUGUAGACAAAAGUGUGGAGGUUAUUGAGAAACCUGAUGUAAAUAUAAGAAAAAUUACAGCUGUUGAAAAUAUUGUAGGCGAAAUUAGUGUAAACAGGUGAGAAGAAGUGGUUAAUUUGUUUUUUUAUUUCAAAACUACCAAGUAUAUCGAACUUAAUACAAAAAAUUAAAUGUUUACUUUGUUGCCAAAAAAAGUAUUGCUGUAAGCUUUUAAUAAUGUAAUUUUUUAGAGCAAUUUCGUCUAUAGUCACGGUGUCUACAAAUUCGCCUACGGUUUUGUUCACACGUACAACGUCAGAUAGAUGGAAGCACCUCACUGAUCGUUAUGGCGGCCAACGCACUACUGUUGAAACAAAACCGUGGUCUACGACUGCUGACUCCAUUAUAGAUCCAUCGACAAUGUCGUCGAAAGAAAGAACACGACCAAUUUUUACGACAAAAAGACCCAAGUUUACUAUAACAAACAAAAAAUCGUUGAAAAAAGUCGAAGUAUGUGUGAAUCUUAACGCACAUUGCGAAAUGUGGGAAAGAUUAGGCCACUGUGAGCACUCGACAAAGUAUAUGGGUCAUUAUUGUAGAAAAGCUUGUGGUCUAUGUGUUGAAAGUGUUGAGUUGGUUAAGGAAAGUAAGUUCGACAAAAGAAAAAAAUUCAUAGUGAAUUUUUGUUAACUAAUAACAUUCAUGAUUUUAAUAACUUUCUUUAAUUCUAGAACCAGGAAAAGAAGUAGAGUUAACCACAACUACAAAAAUGGCCACCAAAACGCCAAUAAAAACACAAACAAAACAUAGGCCGUUAAUAAACGAGAACAUAACACAAAUGCGAGGAGUUUGCAUCGACAAGAACGUGUUUUGCGGUUACUGGUCGAGGAUGGGCGAAUGUAAAAACGAAUCAAAAUUUAUGAGAGUAUUUUGUAAAAAAUCUUGUGGUUUCUGUCCAUAGGCAUCGUUUGGGACGGACACAAAACUAUAGAUUGGUAUUUGUCUGUAUAUUUGUCUGUUCAACCGGGUACUUAAUCAUGUUUGUAUUGUUAUUAAAGUGCAAGAAAUGUGAUAUUGUUUUAAUUUUUAAUUAUUGGUUAUUUAUUUAAUAAAUAUACGCAACUUUUCGUUGAAAUUAAUUUCUAUAAUUUCUAAACGUAUAACAACGUUUUGGCGCAUACUGCGCCCAAAUUACUAAAAAACGAACAGUUUUUCUGAGCUAAAAUUUUAAUAUAUUUGUUAAGGUAUUAUACCCUGCAGCUCAGGUCAGGUCUGAUGUAUUAUAAUACUGUGUAUCAGAAAGUUUAUGUAUUAUUUAUUUCCCUUUGAAACUUUUUAUUGAUAACUUUCUUUUAAGUUUUUUUAUAAAGAAAGAAAUAUUUUUUUUGUUUAAAGUAAAAGAGAAGAAAUGUAGAAGUUAAGGAUCUUUUUAUCUAUUAAAAGAAUUCUGUUUUGGUAAACACUGACAAAUGGAGUGUUGCUGUUUUAAUUGCUAAAGAUGGUAUUUUUAUUAAAGCGGGGAUGGCGUUUUAAAAUUAGCUGGGUUUUAUAAAAAUAAUUACUUCUCAUAUUAAAUUAUUUUUUACUUUGUAUUACAAGGAUUCAGUAGGGGUGGUUUUAAUAUUAUUUUAAAGCGAAAAUGCUUAUAUUUAUACUUUUUACCUAGUAUGAAGUGUAAUAUUUUUACCUAAAAUCACAUAAAGACAUUUUUACAGAAUGCAUUAUUCUCAUCGUAUUCGAUUAGUACAGACUUCACAAAAAUUUUUCUUGUCUCACAUUCGUUUGAGACAUUGGUCUAGAGCUUUUUUUCAAGUUGAUGAAACGGCCGGCACUCACGGGGGGGAGAUUUGGUAGCAAAGACAUUGCAAUCACACGGUGUUAAAGAGAUAUUUACAUUAUGCGGUGGACAUAUAACGCCUAUUUUGGUAGGAUGUGAAUCCCGUGGUAUUCGUGUGGUUGAUACUCGACAUGAAGUAACAACAGUGUUUGCCGCUGAUGCGGUUUCAAGGCUACGGCAGGAUAUUGGGGUCGCUGCUGUCACUUCAGGACCAGGUUUUUUAUUUUUUAUUACUUUAAAUGUUUAACCUUGGUUACAUUGGGAAGAUGUCUGACUUGGCUAACGUAAUAUAAUUUUAAAAUUUUGUUUUAGGCGUCACAAACACUAUAACAGCUGUAAAAAAUGCUCAAAUGGCAGAGUCUGCACUUUUACUAUUGGGUGGCGCGGCUCCGACAACCAUGCAAAAUUGUGGUGCCUUGCAGGACAUUGAUCAAUUAGCCAUUUUUAAACCAGUCUGUAAGCACACUGAAAGAGUAACACGUGUACAAGACAUAGUGCCAAAGUUGAAGAAAGCAAUUAAUAUUGCAAAAUCUGGAGUUCCUGGUCCUGUUUUUGUGGAACUUCCAAUUGAUUUAUUGUAUCCGUACAACCAGGCGUUUAAGGAUGCAGUUAUUAGUCAGCCAGCUACUGCAUUUCAGGUAUGUUUUUCUUUUUGUUUAGUCAGAAGAUUUUUUGUUUAGAAGUUGUUUAAUGAGUACGUAAAUAUACGAAUCAAUUAUCAAUUUCACAAUGGAUUUGAAAAUCAAGAUGUAUCGCCACUGCGUGUGUCUUAUCCUAUGGCGAAUACUGACGAACUUAGCACUAUGGUUGAACUGAUAAGCAAAUCUAAAAAGCCAUUACUUCUUUUGGGCAGUCAAGCUACGUUAUCACCUGUAUCAGGGAAGGGUUUGCAAAAGUUGGUGAAUGUAAGUUAUAUUAUUAUCAUCCAGGGAAGGGCACCUCGGAGAAAAUCUCACUGCUUCGUGCUCGGCCGGGAAUUUUUUAAGUCGAUUUUGCACUGAAUUGCAGAAAUUUUCUCCCACUGGGACUUUUGUUAAAUGUCCCACCUUACUGCUCGUCGCUUCAACCACUAUUUACAGGGUCUUGGAAUUCCUUGUUAUCUUGGUGGAAUGUGUAGAGGACUUUUGGGUGCGUUUUCGCCCAUUCAAUUGCGGCAAAAUCGUCGUGGGGCAUUAAAGGAAGCUGAUCUAGUGAUUUUAGCUGGUACACCAGCUGAUUUUCGUUUAGAUUACGGUAAAAUAUUAAGUCCCAAUUCAAAAGUUGUUGCGUUAAAUCGGGAUUUAAAUCAACUGAAAAAGGUGAUUUUUACGUUAUACACAUACUUUAUUUUGUUUAAAAAUAGUUUUAAUUUUCGUAAUAUUUUUUGUGCUUGAAUGAUACUAGGGUAAUUAAACAAUAUAAUUAAAAUGUAGAACCACGGCGUUUAUUGGAACGCUGAGAAAUUGGUACAAGCAGACGUUGCUUCCACUUUAAAGUCUGUGAAAGAUUUGUUACAAAAUCAGUUAAUUCAAAAACACAACGACUGGAGCGAUUGGCUUAAAACGUUGAAAGAUGUAGAAGCACGUGUAGAAAACAAAAAUGCACACAAAGCGGAGGAGUCUGGAGUUGGAAAUGGCGUAAAUCCUUUAAGAUUGUUAAAAGAAUUAGAUAAAGUAAGAUUUUUUAAAUAUAAAUUUUGCUAUUUUUCGGAAAGCAUUAUGCUUUUCAAAGUACAGUGAGAUAUUUGUAUAACGAACAGGGUAAGGCACUGUGUCCAACUUUGAUAACGAAUCGCUAGGGGAUUUAAAACUUGUUCGUUAUGAAGGGGUUUCAUUAUACAGAGGUUUUAAAUGCACUGUGUAGUGUUAGACGAGGAUGCAAAAGUAGACAUGACGAACGAGUCGGGCCUAAGCUUCAGGUCCGGCCCGUUCCUCAUGUCUAUUUAAAAGGUGUUUGUUAUAUGGGAGUUCCUUAUACAGAGUUCCACUGUUUGAUAAAUUUGUGGAUCUUUUAGGUUCUUCCUGAAAAUGCUAUUUUGGUUGCGGACGGCGGGGACUUUGUUGCUACAUCUUCGUAUAUUGUACGACCAAGAGGACCACUUCAAUGGUUAGAUCCGGGACAAUUUGGGACGUUGGGAGUGGGCGGCGGAUUUGCUUUAGGUGCAAAGACAGUAUAUCCUGAAAAGCCAGUUUUUAUCAUUUACGGUGAUGGGUCAACCGGCUAUUCGUUGAUGGAGUUUGACAGUUUUGCGCGGCAGAACUUACCUGUUACUGCUAUUGUUGGGAACGAUGCAUGUUGGACACAGAUUGCCCGCGCACAAGUACCACAGUUUAAAACUGAUGUAGCAUGUAACUUGAAGGUAUUUUUAAUUUUAAAAAUGGACAGGUUUAGCAUGUUGUUUUAUAAAAUUAUGAAGGAAAUUGAAUAGGCAAUAGUGGGUUUCUCGGAUUUAUGUGGGCGCUUCUAAACUAUUAUAGCAACCUAUAGCAUCUACUUUAUAAAAUAACAUUUAGCUUUAAAAAAUUAAUAAAAUUAAAUUUCCGAAAUUUUAGCUAACCCGCUAUGAAGAAACGGUGCAUUCGUUAGGCGCAGAGGGUUUUUUCAUUGACAAAUCAAACGAAGAAGAUAUGUCUGCUAUUAUACAAAAGGCAAUUCAAAUACAAAAAAGUGGUCGACCAAGCUUAGUCAACGUACACAUAUCAAAGACAGACUUCAGGGACAAUAGUAUUAGCGUGUAA